AUGUCUGUUCCAGAGUGCGCGCAGCAGAAGGUCGACUCAGUGUCGGACGACCUGCGCAAAAUAUCCCUGAAGGUGCACGAGAACCCGGAGCUCGCAUGGAAGGAGCACACGGCACAUGACGCCCUUGUCGACUAUCUGAAGGGAGUCAGCGGUGUGAAGGUCGAGGAGUUCGAAAAGUAUCCCACCGCUUUCAAAGCUACAUACUCCAACGGUAACGGACGCACCUUCGCGCUUUGCUCGGAGUAUGACGCUCUGCCGGAGAUCGGCCACGGAUGCGGACAUAACCUCAUCGCCGUGUGUGGCCUUGGUGCUUUCCUCGCCAUCAAGGAGGCCAUGGACAAGGGCCACGUCAACGGAAACCUCGUGCUCAUGGGCACCCCUGCCGAGGAGGGCGACGCGGGCAAGGUCCGCUUGAUGGACAUUGGAGCCUUUGUCCGCACUCUCAGUAUGACCCACCUCCGGGUGACUUUCAAGGGUUCCCCCGCGCACGCUGGUUUGGCUCCUUGGGAGGGAGUGAACGCUCUCGACGCCGCCGUCCUCGCUUACAGUGCUAUCGGUGUGCUGCGCCAGCAGAUCCAGCCCAGCUGCCGGGCGUCGAUGUUGUAUCUCAUCCGUGCACCCAGUGCCGCCCUCGUCAUGGAUCUGAAGAAGAAGCUCACCGCCGCUUUCGAGGGUGCAGCUAUGCAGACUGGCUGCAAAGCUGAGAUCACUGGUGGCCUGUUGCUGAAGGAGAUGCGCAACGAUGUGUCCCUUUCCAUCAUGGGCGACAUGUACGACAUUCCCGUUCGAGUUGCCACCGAGGAGUGCAUGGGCGCCUCCAGUGACUUUGGUAACGUGACGCAUGCCUUCCCCGGUUGCCACCCCAUGUUCAACAUCAAGUCGAAGAACUCGAACCACACUGUCGAGUUCACUGAUGCGAGCAAAUCUGAACAGGCCCACGGUGAGGCCAUGAAACACACCACCGGCAUGGCCUGCACUGGUAUCAAGUUCAUGACCGACGACAAGUUUGCCGAUAAAGUGAAGGAGUCCUGGAAGGACGAGAUGGAAAAGGUCAAGAAGGAGCAUGAGAGCCUCAAGAAGGACUAG